CCGCCCGUUGCCCCGCCCCCUCGCGCACGCGUACUCCCGCCCGCCUACCGCGCCGCUGCCGCCUAGUUUAGGAGCUCGUCUGCUCUCGCGCGCAGGGCCAGCCGACGCGACGCCAGAGCGCCCGGCCCCGCCGCCGCGGCCCCGGCAGGCCCCAUACUCUAGAGUACGCUUUAGCUGACAGCCUCUUCCACUGUGACUCCCCCUUCACUGUGUCCUGCCCGGUGGGCAUCAGAGCCAUGGCCACGGAGGAGAAGAAGCCAGAGACAGAGGCUGCAAGAGCACAGCCUACCCCUUCCUCAUCAGCUACACAGAGCAAGCCCACACCUGUUAAACCAAACUAUGCUCUGAAGUUCACCCUGGCUGGCCACACGAAAGCUGUGUCCUCUGUGAAGUUCAGCCCCAAUGGGGAGUGGCUAGCAAGUUCAUCUGCUGAUAAACUCAUUAAAAUAUGGGGAGCGUAUGACGGAAAGUUUGAGAAAACCAUAUCUGGUCACAAGCUGGGAAUAUCUGAUGUAGCCUGGUCAUCAGAUUCCAACCUCCUUGUGUCUGCCUCUGAUGAUAAAACUUUGAAGAUAUGGGACGUGAGUUCUGGAAAGUGUUUGAAAACCCUGAAGGGCCACAGUAACUAUGUCUUCUGCUGCAACUUCAACCCCCAGUCCAACCUCAUCGUCUCAGGGUCUUUUGAUGAAAGUGUGAGGAUAUGGGAUGUGAAGACGGGGAAGUGCCUCAAGACUUUGCCUGCCCAUUCAGACCCAGUCUCCGCUGUUCAUUUUAACCGUGAUGGAUCAUUGAUUGUUUCCAGUAGCUAUGAUGGCCUCUGCCGCAUCUGGGACACUGCUUCUGGCCAGUGUCUGAAGACACUCAUUGAUGAUGACAAUCCUCCAGUGUCCUUUGUGAAGUUCUCUCCAAAUGGCAAAUACAUCUUGGCUGCAACUUUGGACAACACACUGAAGCUCUGGGACUACAGCAAGGGGAAGUGCCUGAAGACAUAUACUGGCCACAAGAAUGAGAAAUACUGCAUAUUUGCCAACUUCUCCGUGACAGGUGGGAAGUGGAUCGUGUCCGGUUCUGAAGAUAACCUGGUGUAUAUUUGGAAUCUGCAGACCAAGGAGAUUGUGCAGAAGUUGCAAGGUCACACAGAUGUUGUGAUUUCCACGGCUUGCCACCCGACAGAGAACAUCAUUGCCUCAGCAGCAUUAGAGAAUGACAAAACAAUCAAACUGUGGAAGAGUGACUGCUAAGUCCUGACUCCACAAGAGACUUCAGGAAGCCGCCCGGAUUGGCAAGAAACACACGUGGGACAGAGGUGUGGGGCCAGGCUGGGGUGACAGGCCUGGUGCACCUCCUCUCUGAAGAUGUCGGGUCAGGGGAGUACACACUACCGAGUCUUGAUAGCCACUGUGACAUUUCUUGCCAAUUCUGUCCCUACCUGGGGAGUUUCUGGUCUGUGCUCAGAGGCAGCAAAUUUUUAAUUUUUUAUUACGAGAGUGAGUUCAACUCAUCAUUUUCCCCAGUAAUUGUUCUGUAUUUUUUUGGUAUUGUAUUGCCCAGUGCACACACUGGAGCAGGACCUGCAGCCCCACUCCCGUUCCCUCCCUCCAGCCUUGGCCUGCUUGUUCAUGUUCCCUGCCUAUAAUAGUACCCAGUGUGUUUCUAGGACUUUCUGGAAACAUAGAAAGAUUGUAAGUUGUGUCUGUGUCAAGUCCCUUUGUAUUUUUGGAGUUCAUAGGUCAACACUGACCUCUCAGUGGUUGCACAGUGUCCCCUUGUCACUGGUGUCACUCAGUAAGCUACAUACACUGUAAUAAAAGGUGGGCUUGAACCCUCUGUGGCCCUAAGCUCUGGUGGGAGCUCAUCCACACCUGGUUUUUAGAAAGUUACCCCCAGAGCAGGGGUGGAAAGGUCUGUGGGAAAAUGGUCCUUGCUAUGCCUUUUCUUUCCCAUUGGCUGCUGUGGGCACUGAGUGUUUUGAGAGGAAGCCUCUCAGUUGAAAAAGAAUGGAAAUCUUGGACAAGCAUCAUGUAGGGGAGGUUCUGGUCCUCUCCGCUUUUCAUGAGGCUCAGGGUCACCUUUGCAGGAGGGAGGGGUUCAAUGUGGUGCUUGUUCCAGCAGGUACAGCCUCCUGCCUUGACCUCUAACCCCACCAGCCUCUCUCAGCCCCUGCCUCAAAUGGAUCCUCUGGUGUCGUGCGUGACCAGAACUGGGAAGAGGUGAUGGCCAGACUCAGAGCUGCACAACAUUUUCACAAUUUCACCUGGCCAUACCCAGGGUGGCCUAACAUGGAACAGAUUGCAGAGGUUCUAUGGGUGUUUCUGGUCCAGAUGGAUGGGUGAGGCUUCUGUACAGACAGGGACUGAACAGGGCUACAGAGAGGUUCUGGGCUUGCUCUGGCUCCAGCAGCCUGUUUAGCCAACAGAUUCAUAUGAAGCCAGGUCAUAGAGGUCUGUGGCUGUUUGAGGGCCUGUCCUCAACCUGUGGUCCUGACAGCUAUGUGUUGACCACUCCAUGGUGGCAAGAAAAGAAUCCUAAAAGGGGUUGGAAAAGGUACCUCCUGCACACUCCUGUCCCCUCCUUUCGGGAGAUGUGCACAUGGAGUUAAAGAGGGUGGCUUGUCACUGACAUGAGGGUUCUGGGGCCCCUGGCAUCUUUUGGAUAGAUGUGCCUGGGUUCUGGUCAGCGUUGUGGGCCAUGUUUCUGUGGGGUUUCUGGAGGGGUGUUGAGGUCCUUCCAGCUGUGGCCUGGUGUGUGGGCCCUCUCCUAAGGGAGGGAGCUUGCUUGCCAUGCUGAGCACAGUUUCCCCAAGUAUAGUUUAUUUUUUCUACAGUUGAACUCUGUUGUAGAUUUAUGUAAAAAUACAUUCUCUUUUUGAAAAUAAAAGAUUUUCAUGUCUUGUAA